UCGGUCGAUUCCCCACCACCACCACCGAGGAAAACAUCGGGACAGAGUGGAAAGAGAGAAAGAGGGGGAAAUAGAUCAAGAGAAAAGAAAUAGAGAGAGAGACAGAGAGAGAGAGGCCACCAUGGACCGCGAAGGCGUGAUCCACAGGACGUCGUCCUCGUCCCCCGUGGGGGACAAGGAGAAGAUGCACUACUCUGACAUGGAAGCUGACGCUCCGCGCAUUCGCGGUCUCGAGACUUCGGCUGAGACUUCGUUACAUCGCGGUCUUCAAGCCCGUCACAUUACUAUGAUAGCCAUUGGCGGCGCGAUCGGGACGGGUCUCAUCAUCGGUACCGGCAAAGCUCUCACGCAAGCCGGCCCCGGCUCCAUCUUUAUCUCGUAUUCGAUUCUCGGUAUGGUCGUCUUCCUCGUCAUGGCCGCCCUCGGCGAGAUGGCUGCUUGGUUGCCGAUGUCUGCUGGUUUCACGGCUUAUGCGUCCCGGUUCUGUGAUCCUUCGCUCGGCUUCGCCCUAGGUUGGACGUACUGGUUUAAAUACAUCAUCGUCACACCUAACCAGCUUACCGCCGCGUCUCUGGUGAUACAGUUCUGGGUGCCGCGAGACCGAGUCAAUCCAGGCGUAUUCAUCGCCAUAUUCCUCGUCGCCAUCAUCUGCAUUAAUUACUUCGGCAUUCGGUUCUUUGGCGAGUUCGAAUUCUGGCUGUCAAGCUUCAAGGUCGUCGUCAUUGUCGGCGUCAUCUUGCUGACUCUCAUCAUCGCCACCGGUGGUGUUGACGGCGACCCGAAGGGUUUCCGGUACUGGAAUGAUCCUGGGGCAUUCCGCCCGUACCUCGCCGAGGGGGCCCUCGGCCAGUUCCUCGGUUUCUGGUCGACGAUGGUCACGGCUACGUUCGCCUACCUGGGCACUGAGCUGGUCGGCGUGACGGUCGGCGAGGCCCAGAACCCGCGCAGAACCAUCCCCCGCGCCAUCAGACUCACCUUCUACCGAAUCGUCUUCUUCUACUGCAUCAGCAUCCUGCUGGUCGGCAUGUGCGUCCCGUACAACUCGGAGGACCUCAUCAACUACCAAUCCGGGACCACGGCGAGCACCGCGAACGCCUCCCCGUUCGUCGCCGCCAUCAAGGCCGUCCACAUCCCCGUUCUCGACCACAUCCUCAACGCCUGCAUCCUCGGGUUCGUCUUCUCCGCCGCCAACUCGGAUCUGUACAUCGCCAGCCGGACGCUCUACGGCCUGUCGUCGGACGGCGCGGCGCCGUCGAUCUUCCGCAAGACGAACGACAGCGGCGUGCCGCUGUACUCGCUCGGCGUGUCGGCGCUGUUCGGGCUGCUCGCCUUCAUGAACGUGUCGGACGACUCGAAGAAGGUGUUCUCGUACUUCGUCAACCUGACGACCAUCUUCGGCCUCAUGACGUGGAUCUCGAUCCUCGUGACGCACAUCUACUUCGUGCGGGCGCGCAAGGCGCAGGGCCUGCCGAACGAGGCGAUGCCGUACGUGGCGCCGCUCGGCGCGUGGGGGUCGUACGCGGCGCUCUUCAUGUGCUGCCUGAUCGCGCUCACCAAGAACUUCGACGUCUUCAUCGGCGACUGGAGCGAGAAGUACCCCAACUUCAUCACCGGCUACCUCGGCAUCCCCGUCUACCUGCUGCUCAUCUUCGGCCACAAGCUGCGCACCAAGAGCAAGGGCGUGCGCGCCCACGAGUGCGACUUCUACACCGGCAAGGACAUCAUCGACCGCGAGGAGGAGGAGUUCCUCGCCGCCAAGGCCGCCAAGCGCGCCAGCGACCCCCAGAAGGCGUCGGCCGUCUUCUACAAGCGGUUCGUCUCGUGGCUGUUCUAAUCGGGGACAAGUCGCUCUGGGAGGAGAGAAGGCGUCGUGACACGCAGCGGAGAUAUAGAUACGUCGAGACGUCGAGCUGAAAUGGGGAAAAGAGAGGGGAGGUGGGUGAUAGAAGGAUAGCCGAUGUUGUUUAUGUAUAAACGUAGGUAUAUAGACGGAUCAGGCUUCGUUCUACACAGGAGAACUCUUUUUUCAUUCGCUCUCGUCGCCUGA